AUUUCAAGUAUCUAGUACCCCACUCCACUCCCCGCUAAAAAUGAUUGCCUUUAAAAUCUUCAUCGUCGCUGCGUGCAUCGUUUUUGCCAUGGCUGCCGAAGAGCAAAAGGAAGCCGUCGAGCAACAGGCAGCAGCCACCGAUUCUGACACCGGCAAGGAUCUGCAAACGGCCGAGGGUACCCUCGGAGCGUAUGGAGGUUACGGCGGACUUGGUUACGCUGGAUUCGGCUACGGCAAUGGAUUGUACGGAAACGGACUGUACGGUGCUGGAUACGGUGGCCUAGGUUAUGGUGGACUAGGCUAUGGCUAUGGAGCUGGUUACGGAGCUGGCUUUGGAGCUGGUUACGGAGGUUAUGGUUUGGGCUACCGUCAUGGUCUCGGAUACGGAGCAGGAUAUGGAGCUGGUUACGGACUUGCUUAUUAAUUUCUGUGUGCAAAGUAAAAUAUUUAAAAAGAAUUUUUAUUGAAUAUUUUUUUAUUGUAAUCUAAUGCAAUGGUGCGGAAUUAAAUAAAUAGUA